GUCAGAGGGUCCAGAAGAGCUGGCGUAAAGCUCCAGAAAACACUUUGAGAGAGAAGUGUUUCUGCUGAGAACAUGGACAAGCCGCACAUGGUUACAUGCACCGCUCCGGUGAAUAUCGCGGUCAUUAAAUACUGGGGGAAGAGAAAUGAAGAAUUAAUUCUACCUAUAAACUCAUCGUUGAGUGUCACUUUGCAUCAAGACCAGCUGAAAACAACCACAACAGUUGCAACCAGCAGAUCAUUUGAGGAGGAUCGAAUAUGGCUCAAUGGCAAAGAGGAGGACAUCUCCCAUCCACGGAUCCAGUCCUGCCUGAGAGAGAUUCGGAGGUUAGCAAGGAAGAGGCGUAACGACGGGGACCCUGGUUUGGAUUCGGCCACUCUCUCACACAAAGUCCACAUUUGCUCAGUUAACAACUUCCCCACUGCUGCCGGACUCGCCUCUUCAGCUGCUGGGUUUGCUUGUCUAGUUUACACUCUGGCACGGGUGUUUGGGGUUGAAGGAGAGCUGUCUGUGAUUGCUCGGCAAGGAUCUGGCAGUGCAUGCCGCAGCAUGUACGGAGGGUUUGUCCAGUGGAUCAUGGGGCUCCAGGAUGAUGGGAAGGACAGUCUUGCCCAGCAGGUGGAGCCAGAAACCCACUGGCCUGAGCUGAGAAUACUUGUGCUAGUGGCCAGUGCAGCACGGAAGUCAGUUGGCAGCACUUCUGGGAUGCAAACCAGCGUGCAGUCAAGCUGUUUACUAAAGCACCGGGCAGACUCUGUCGUCUCGGGGCGGAUGGUCGAAAUGAUUGAAGCUGUAAGAAAAAAGGACUUCCCUGCGUUUGCUGAACUCACCAUGAAGGACAGUAACCAGUUCCAUGCCACCUGCCUCGACACCUACCCUCCCAUCUUCUACCUCAACAGUGUGUCUCAGCAGGUCAUCAACUUGGUGCAUCGUUACAACCAACAUUACGGAGAAACUAGAGUGGCCUACUCCUUUGAUGCAGGCCCCAACGCCGUGAUCUUCACUCUACAGAAGCACGUUUCUGAGUUUGUCCAAGUCGUUCAACAUUUUUUCCCCCCAGAGACCAACGGGGAAGACUUCUUCAAGGGUCUUGCAGUCAACCGUGUUUCUCUGUCAGAUGAGCUGAAGCAGGGCAUCGGUUUGGAGCCCAUGCCAAAGGGAAUAAACUACAUCAUUAGCACAAAGGCUGGACCAGGCCCUUGUGUUGUCAAAGAUCCCACUCAGCAUCUACUAACAUCUGACGGACUCCCCAAGAAAACUGUGUGAUGUUCUACAGCCUGCAUGAGACGAAGCUUCACACGGGACGAUGAAGACAUUUCACCAUAUUUCCAUUAGAAACCUGUAGAAAGAUCUGUAAAAGAUCAGAAAUGCAGGCUCCUCUGUUACUAUUGAGUUCUUCCAAACUUCAUAAAUCAGUCUAACUUGACCUUUUAUUCACAAAUCUUUAUUGCUUUGUUUAAAUUUUGCAUAUUACUCUGCUUCUAAAGGUGUACAUUGUGUAAAUAAUUAACAUGCUGAACUGUGCACACUGUACACAGUUCAGCAUAUGAAUUAUUUUGGGGUUGUAAAAAUGUGUUUGACUCUCAGGUAAUUAAUAGAUAGUACUGUUGAAAUGAGCAGUUCAUUAAACCAUAAAUACAGCUUCCUGCGGCUAAUUAAAUUUUCUGUAGUAUAUGUUUGAAUAAACACCUGUGUGGAUGUGCCGGUGUUUUUCAGAAGGGUGCUGUAAUUACCAUUCUCAAAGGUUUAUGUUUUCCAUCAUGAUAAAUACAAUUACAGACAGAGCCACUGCU